CAGAAGCAAUGUACCUAAGAACCCUGAAGACAUGACGUCCCAUCAGCUAUACUUUCCAUCUUGAGUUCGUUCCUUACUUUCUCUCCACCAUCAAUCCCUUUCACACCAAUAUGAAGUGCUACUCUCUCUCAUUCCUUGCUUUGUUAGCAUUCGUCUUUGUUGGAUUAGACGAAAGUCAUUCAGCUCCUUGUAAUACUGAAGCACUCAUUUCCAUCUUAUCCGAUAAUCAAAAGAGUGCUUUACUUCAAUCAGGUAGCUUUAACGGUUAUCAUGCUUCAGGAACAAAUUCAGGCUAUCAAUCCAACACAAACAACAAAAAUGAACAAAACCAAGAUCAAGGCAAAUCAAGCUCUAACGGUGACAGCGAAGAACAACAUCAAGCUUUGAUUUCUAUCCUUUCAGGAAACAGCAAGAGUGGCUUAGUUCAAAGUGGUACACAAAAUGGCUAUCACGCCUCUGGAACGAAUUCAGGUUAUCAGUCAAACACAAACAAUACCAACACUUCCAGCACAGGAUCCAAAGAUGAAAAGUCAUCCAAAGAUUCUAAUGAAAAACCUGAUGAACAAGGCAAGGGUACUUCAAUCUUAUCUAACAACGAUAAAAGCGGCUUAGUUCAAUCUGGCAGCUUUAAUGGUUACCAUGCCUCUGGUACAAAUUCAGGUUAUGAAUCAAACAAAAACAACACAAACACAUCCAAUAAAGCAUCUGAAAAGUCAACCAAAGAGUCUAGUGAGAAAUCAGAGAAAAAGCCUGAUGAGCAAGGCAACAAAACAUCAAUCCUAUCCAACAACGACAAGAGCGGAUUGGUUCAAUCUGGCACACAGAACGGAUACCACGCUUCUGGUACAAAUUCCGGAUACAAGUCAAACACGAACAACACGAACGAAAAGCAAACUGAUAGUAACAGUGGCUCAAAAGAUGCAGAACACGAAUCGAAAGACCAAGGCAAGAGCAAAGACAAGUUUUCCCUCCUUUCAAACAACGAAAAGAGCGGUCUGGUUCAAUCUGGCGUUGAGAACGGCUACCACGGUUCCGGCACAAACUCAGGCUAUGAAUCAAACAAGAACAACACUCAUUAAAAAAGUCUAUUCUUUGUAUA